AUGAAGAACAAGUAUGAAAGCUUAUUUGAGCCAGUCAAACUACAAGAUAAUCAAACCCUCUUAAACAGGAUCUACACACAGCUCUACAUCAUAGAGGGAGAGAGUGAAUGGGUGAAUGAAGAACAUGAGGUUUUACACGUUGAGAAAACACCCAGAACACAACACUCACAAGACACUCCAAUCUACUGUAAUGAUAUCUUUAAACCCUCAACUGAACCAGAAUGUGAGAAGAAAGACAAAAUAAAGGUUGUUCUUACCAAAGGCAUUGCUGGAAUUGGAAAAACUGUCUCUGUGCAGAAGUUCAUUCUGGAUUGGGCCGAGGGAAAAGCCAAUCAGGAUGUAGAUUUUAUGUUUGUGCUUCCAUUUCGACAGCUAAACUUGAUUCAAGAUAAUCAGUACAGUCUUCAAAGACUUUUGCUUGACUUUCAUCCUAAACUUCAUGAACUGAACCCAAUGAUUUAUGAUGAGUGCAAAGUUGUGUUCAUCUUUGAUGGUCUGGAUGAAAGCAGAAUUGAACUAAUGUUUUCAGACAAUGAGAAAGUUUCUGAUGUGACUCAGACUUCAUCAGUGGGUGUGUUGAUGUCAAACCUCCUGAAAGGAGAACUGCUUCCCUCUGCUUUUAUCUGGAUCACCUUGAGACCAGCAGCAGCCAAUCAGAUCCCUUUCAAGUACAUUAACCGUGUGACAGAAAUUCAGGGAUUUGAUGAGCCUCAGAAGGAGGAAUAUUUCAGGAAGAGAAUAAGUGAUGAGGAUCAAGCUAGCAGAGUCAUCUCCCAUAUUAGAAAAGCAAGAAGCCUCCACAUCAUGUGCCACAUACCAGUCUUUUGUUGUAUCUCAGCCACUGUUCUUGAAAAAAUUGUAAAACAAGGUACAGAAAUCCCACAAACUCUGACUGAAAUGUACAUCCACUUCCUGCUCAUUCAGACAAGCAUGAUGAAUCAGAAGUAUGAAGAGAGAGAUACAGAGAAACUUAUGCAGUCCAACAAAGAAGUGAUUGUGAAACUUGGUGAACUGGCUUUCAAACAGCUGAUGAAGGGUAAUGUUAUGUUCUAUGAGGAGGACUUGACAGACUGUUGCAUAGACAUCAAUGACGCAGUGUAUUCUGGGAUUUGCACUGAGAUUUUUAAGCAGGAAUCUGUGAUUCAGCACAGGACAUUGUACUACUUCAUACAUCUGAGCUUUCAGGAGUUUCUAGCUGCUUUCUAUGUGUUUUUCUCCCAUUUGAUGAAGAACAUGGAGCCAUUACAGUUGUUUCUGCAUGAAGAAUGUGAACACUAUGAGCAAGAGAGGUCUCAGGGAAAUGCUUUGUGUAAGCUACUAACUUCAGCUGCCAAUAAAACUCUUAAGAGUAAAAAUGGACACCUGGAUCUUUUUCUGCGGUUCCUGCUAGGCAUCUCACUGGAGUCCAAUCAGAGAUUCUUACAGAAUCUACUGACACGCACAGAGAACAGCUCAGAAACCAUCAAAGAAACUGCACAGUACAUUAAAGACACAAUCAAUUGUUAUAAUCUCUCAGCUGAUAGAUCCAUCGGUCUGUUCCUCUGUCUGCUAGAAGUGAAUGAUCAGACUCUGUGCAAAGAGAUUCAGGAGUUUAUAAAAUCAGACCAACACUCAGAGAAGAAACUCUCUCCUGUUCACUGCUCAGCAAUAGCCUACAUGCUUCAGAUGUCAGAGGAGGUGCUGGAUAAGUUUGAGCCAACAAAAUACAACACAUCAUAUGAGGGGAGAUGGAGACUGAUACCAGCUGUAAUGAACUGCAGAAAAGCUCUACUUGCUGGAUGUUGUCUCUCUAAUCAGCACUGUGAAACUGUGUGUUCAGCUCUACAAUCGUCAAACUCCAAACUGAGAGAGCUGGACAUGAGUAACAAUGACCUGCUGGAUUUAGGAGUGAGGCUGCUUUGUUCUGGAUUGAAGAAUUCACACUGUCAACUGAACAUACUGAGAGUUGCUGGAUGUUGUCUCUCUGAUCACAACUGUGAAAGUUUGUCUUCUGCUCUACAAUCAUCAAACUCCCAUCUGAGAGAACUGGACCUAAGUAACAAUGACCUACUGGAUUCAGGAGUCAAGCUACUCUCUACUGGGUUGAGAAAUACACACUGUCAACUGAACAUACUGAGGUCUGUCUUUCACUUUCACUAUAUCUGUAAUCUCACGGAUCUGUGCUGUGAAAGUUUGUCUUCAGCUCUACGGUCAUCAAACUCCUCUCUGAGAGAGCUGGACCUGAGUAACAAUGACCUGCAGGAUUCAGGAGUAAAGCUACUCUCUGCUGGACUGAAGAGUUCAGCGUGUCAACUGAACAUACUGAGAUUGUCUGGCUGUAAGGUGACUGAGGAAGGCUGCUGUUAUGUGUCUUCAGCUCUGAGUUCAAACCCCUCACACCUGAGAGAGCUGGAUCUGAGCUACAAUCACCCAGGAGAAUCAGGAGACAAGCUGCUCUGUGAAACAUUGAACAAUCCAAACUGUGCACUGGACAAUCUCAAUGUGGAUCAUGGAGCAGGACUACAGAAAUAUGCCUGCACUCUCACACUAGAUCCAAACACAGCAAACAGUCAUCUAAUUCUUUCUGAUGAGAACAAAAAUGUGACACAUGUGGAAAAAAGUCAGUUAUACCCUGAUCAUGCAGAGAGAUUUGAUGGAUGGCCUCAAGUUCUCUGUAGAGAGAGUUUGUCGGGACGCUGUUACUGGGAGGCUGAAUGGAGCGGAUAUGCUGUUACAUCAGUUGCAUAUAAAGGAAUCUGCAGAAAAGGAUGGAAUGAAUUCUCUGAAUUUGGAUACAAUAGGAACAACAGAAAUUCUUGGAGUCUGAUCUGCUCUGACACGUUCAUUGCCUGUCAUGAUAAUAAGGAAACUGUCCCAUGCGUCCCUUCAUGCUCUUCUAAGAGAGUAGGAGUGUAUGUGGACUUGUCGGCCGGCACUCUGUCCUUCUACAGUGUCUCUAACACACUCACACACUUACACACAUUCACUUCCACAUUCACUGAGCCCCUUUAUGCUGGAUUUGGGGUUUAUCGUUCAAACUCCUCAGUGGCUCUGUGUGAGAUCGAAAAGUCUCACACACACACCUGA